AUAUAUAUAUUUAACAGUCUGCGUUUGUUUGUCCUCUAGUGAAGCAGUCUGUCGCUCACGGUCGCUGAGUUACUAUGGAGAUACAACUGAUCUUCCUGAUUGUGGCACUAAUCAAAACUGAUGUCAUCACCGGACAGGCGCAACUUGACUACAGUGCCCUGCUGGGCGGACAAACAUCCAGAGUUGGGAUUUCAUCUGCGGCCAUGCCUGGCCUAAUGCAAUUCCUAAGACAGAAUCCAGCAUCCAGAGUUGGGAUUUCAUCUGCGGCCAUGCCUGGCCUAAUGCAAUUCCUAAGACAGAAUCCAGCACAACGUCAAACGGCUGUCAUGCCAAACAUUGGUUCUAUGAUGGCAGCUCUUAAGAACAGUGCAGGUGGUGGGGCUGGCGCGGUGUCUCCCUCAAUGGGUUUGAAUUCUAUGUUUGGAGGUGGUGCUGGUGGUGGCGCCGGCGCGACGUCAGCAUCGAUGGGUCUUAAUUCUCUGUUUGGAGGUGGUGCUGGAGGUGGACUUUUAGGCGGCAUGACCAGAAUGAUCGGCGCGCAAUACAUGAUAGAACGGAAGCGGAAGUUGCUGAAACGCUACAUCGACCUGUACGAAAACGAGGGUUGUGUAGACCCAUUCGACAAACUGCCCAACAGAUGGAAAGCAAUGGCAGCCAAGAACCUCAUAAAUGGAUGUAGCAGUCCUCAAGCUAACUUAACGUGCAUGAUGGUACAAACGCAAGUGGUAAAACCUCACAUGAUGGCGUUACAACGUCAGCUGGCCAAUUCGCCCUUGACUCAAGGCAUCUCUCAAGUAAACGCCUGGAACUCGCUGUCCAAGUUAGGACUUAUCGGACAAGGCAGAGGUCUUUCCGCUAGUCUCCCCUUGAUGACAAUCGGUAGCACCGGGCCGUUGGCUUCGUCCCUCGCCAGAAUUACGGAAAUGGCCGAAAGACAUGGCGAGAUCCGACAACGCUUUAUCCCUCUUCAGUGUCAGGAUAUACGACAUCAGAUGAUGCCAUCGUUGAGUAUGUCUAUAUGCUGCCCAGGUCCAGUAAUGGUACCUGACGGUGUACAGUUCAUGGCAAUGCAGGGACGUCUUCAUGAAUUGUAAAACACGUCACCGACCACCACCCAGCAGUGGAAGAACAUCUACGUCACUCGUCUUUUGUUUUCUCUCGUAAAAGAUCGCCAUUUUCCGUAUGCUUUGUUGUUCUGUGAGAAAAGAACAAAUGUAGCCUACAGUUUCCCCAUGUUGUGUUACUCAUCGUGAAGAUUUUCGUGAAAACUUAUUGGUAGUUUUCGUGCGCGUUAAUGUUCACCGAAAAAUAAACAAAACAAAGAUACAAAGAAAAGACCAGAACUGAUAAUAAAAUGCUGUGGACAAUUUAUAUAUUGUUUUGAAUACGUGAUCUCAACUCAAGGGCUGUCGACGAAAUAUUUUAGGGAUGGGAUUAAGGUAAAAAAGGCACAUCAGUAAAGUUGUUAUUCGUGAAAUAAAGAUUAUAAACACA